AUGGCCUCUCGGAAGCGGUCUAGAGUCGAUGAGCAGAACAGAACUAAUAAUGAAGAAGAAUCCUCCUCAGACGAUGACUUCGGUCCGGCCUUACCAUCCACUAUUCCUCCUAAGAAGAAGCGGAAACUUCCAUAUGAAGCGUUGUAUGUUGAGGCUUUGCCUAAGGGCCAGAGAUACUCCAAAUCGUUAAUGCACAAGGAUCAGGUGGCUACUGUGACUGUUGCUCCUUCGCCUUCAGAUUUCAUCAUCACAACCUCCAUUGACGGCUUCGUCAAGUUUUGGAAGAAGAUCGCCACUGGUAUAGAAUUUGCGAAAGAAUACCGAGCGCACAAUGGCCGAAUACAGAGCACAAGCAUCAGUGCUGACGGGACUGCUUUCGCAACGGCAGGAGACGCAGACGAUAGGUCUAUCAAGUUGUACGAUGUUGUGACGUUUGAUUUACUGUCGAUGAUCAACCUCGAGACAGCUCCUUCAUGUAUCUGCUGGGUGCAUAAUCGUGGUUCCGCACCAGUCCUGGCUGUUGCAGUUGGCAAGGAGAUUUGGAUCUAUGAUGGCCGAGGCGAAAAUCAGAUGCCCAUACAUGUUCUGAAGAAUGUUCAUCGCUCGCCGGUCGUGGCCAUGGCGUUCAACCCUACCUACGAUUGUGUCGUGUCGGCGGAUGAUGCCGGAAUGCUAGAGUAUUGGACACCCUCCGGCAAUUUCGAGAAGCCAGAGAACGUAUUCAAGAUGAAGUCCUCUACCAACCUCUUCGACUUCAAGAAGGCUCGAUCGUGUCCUUCGUCCAUCACAAUAUCUCCUUCUGGACACCAAUUUGCAACAUGGUCAUUUCCCGAUCGAAGGAUACGCAUCUUCGAUUUCUCCACUGCAAAGCUACAUCGAUCUUAUGACGAGUCCUUGACGACGAUCACGGAUAUGCAGCAAGCAGGCACCGCGUUACAGAAACUCGAAGAGGUGGAGUUUGGGAGACGGAUGGCAACAGAACGAGAGCUGGAAACCCCUGGCGUCCGCUCUCGAGUCAAUGUCGUCUUCGAUGAAUCGGGCCAUUUCAUCCUCUAUGGAUCGUUACUUGGCAUCAAAGUGAUCAACAUUCUGACAAAUAGGGUCGUCAAAGUAUAUGGUAAAGAGGAGCCGUUCCGGGCAUUAAAUGUCGCCUUGUACCAAGGUCAACCGCAAAAGAAAGGCGUGGUGACCGUCUCAAUGGCAGCAAGUGCCAAUCCGCUGCUGCAAGAAGCAGAGGAGCGCGACCCAAUGCUCUUCGCUACCGGUUUUGGUAAAGUCCGGUUCUACAUGUUUACAAAUGAUGAAGAAAUCAGCAAGUCUGAAAGGGAUGUGCAGAACGAGAAGCCAAGGAAAGGGGCACAGAAGCAAGAAGAGGCGAAGAAGGCCGAAACGGGCUCAGUAGCAAUAGUACACACAACAUACGGCGACAUCAGCUUGAGGUUGUUUCCUGAAGCAGCCCCUAGGGCUGUGGAGAACUUUGUGACCCAUGCGAAGAAUGGAUACUACAACAACACCAUUUUCCACCGGGUGAUCCGGAAAUUCAUGAUUCAAGGUGGUGAUCCAUUGGGAGACGGGACUGGCGGAGAAAGUAUCUGGGGCAAAGACUUCGAAGACGAAUUUUCUGACCUCAAACAUGACAAAGCAUACACCCUCAGCAUGGCUAAUGCAGGCCCCAACACAAAUGCAUCCCAGUUCUUCAUCACGACAGGAUCGGAUAAGAUGCCGUGGCUAGAUAAGAAACACACCAUUUUUGGUCGUGCCUUUCAGGGGAUGGAUGUCAUCCACAGAAUAGAGAAUACCAAGGUGUACAAGGAAAAGCCUGAGGAGGACAUCAAGAUAGUCAAUAUCUCGAUCACCUAG